CUUCACGCAUCUCCGCACACUUCGUCCACGGUGCCGACCGGUCCAUUCCAGCGGCUUUCUGAUACCCCGUCGACGCGCAUCUCCGCAAUGGUGCCAAAACCGCAAAAUGCGACCGUCCAAGCCGCUACCCACCGCCCGUUACCGCCGCUCCCGAAGCUCCGCGUUCGACGACCGAACAAGCCCGAGGCGAAUCCGUGCUUAGGUAUAAUGUCAUCGGUUUUGGGAUGCUGGGCGUCGUCAGGAUACAGCAUUCAGGGCUGUGUACAGCUGGAGCAGAAGCUACGGCAAUGCAUGGACUCGCCGCGAAAUCCAAACCAGAAGAAGAACAACAUCAACUACCACCUCUCGCGCAUGUAUCCGAAGAUUAUCGGCCCCCACAAGCGGAACUAGGUCACAUACCGCGGCCUCUCGGAUCCUGUACAUCACCUGUAUAUUUCGCGAUACGGCGGAAGGUUGCUAUAUCAAGGCAUCUAUGCAUCGGAGGAGUCACCGCUGUACUUUGGCAUUAGGAAGACGUUUGGGAAUACCAACCUAGGGUUGCAGAGCUGCAGUUGUACCAAGAGUUGGUUCUCGUUACGUCUGCAAAAUAUACUCAUCGACAGAUUAUACUAUACUAUAUCUUCA